AUGGAAAACUGUGUCGUCGUGCCGAUUCGUGCUCCACAGUGCUUGGAAGCGACGUCGGCCGGCGACGUCGAGGACGACGACUUCGACGAUGACAUUUCGGCCCUUCAAAGGGCAACGACGGCGUCAAAACGAUCAUAUUGGUCUCGAAAGGACAGUCAUGUUACUUAUAACUUUGCAAUUUUUUUCUAAUUACUGGAAAAAAAAAACUUUCUCAGAGAGGUUUCAAGAGGUUCCUCGAGCGUUACUAGGACAGGACACUAAAGUGGACACUACAGUCGUUUUUAGGAGUCUAGAAGUACCACUUGGACUUCUAAAGAGGAAACUAUAGUUAACUGACCAUUGAUUCGAUUGUUCAAAACCCUCAAGGGGUCAGUUGACAUUUUCCCAGUUAGCUAGAAUUUUUUUUGAUGUAGUUAACAAAGCCUCACUUUUCAAUAACGGCUCGAAUCGGAAUUUUUUCAUUUCUUACCAAGAGAGAAGUGAAUGGAAAACUGAAAUCAUGAAAGGCCCUUAGAAAAAAAAGAAUUUCUGAAAGGAACUGUAGUAUUGCUGCUUUUAUCAUGUAUCAACAUAAUAUCAAUUAUCAUUGACACCAUUUGAGACCAGACUUAUAUCCGCCACAUUCUUGUUAUUCGCAUCAUGGCGCCGAAAUGUGUCCGAAUUAAUAUUUUUUUUGGAAAUAUUAAAAGAAAAAAAUUACUGGAGUAAUGAAAAUUAAUGAGUUAUUUGAAAUUCAGUUGAAUCAAUUAUUCGUCUCGUUCUGACAAUAAAAAAAGAUUAUUUUUUUAAAAAAACAGAAAAAAAUCAAAAAUUAAAUUAAUCUAAAAAAAGGCGAAUUAUAUCUUUAUACCUUUUUUUAUUGAGUUGUAUCUUUUUUUAUAGAAUUAUAUCUCCUUCGAACCUAUCGUAUCCACUCACGGCGAUCAAAUUCUUUCGGUAUAAAAACAAGAGAAAAGACCAUUCGGAACACGGCCGCCGGACAAAACAAAUUGACGAAAGAGGGCCCCUGUAAGGUGACAUUGAUGAGGUCAACGGGUUGAUCUCCAUCCAACAACAAAAAACAAGUCUCAGGUCACACACUUCCGCACUAUACAGAGGUGCAGGAUGAAGAGAAGGGGUGGGAAGUUGGAAUAAAUUAAAAUUAUGUACAAAAAAGCCCCUCCAGGGAUCGAAAUCCUCUCAAAUAGUAUCUAGAAACACAAAAAAAUGUUCGUUUUUUAGUUUCAAACAAAAAUUUUUUUAUAUUAAUUUCAAUGCUUGUAUCCGCGUAAUUUCUUUUGUAACAGUAAUGUCAUGAAACACUGGCCAAACCCUCCUUUAUUGAGAACUAUCUCGAAAACCGAUUCUUUUUCCGCCAUCAUCACGAAAAACGUUAAAUUGAGAUGAUUACAAGGAAUAAUGGAUGAUCUGGAGAGGGAUCUGAGGUCACAAAACCAAAUGUUUGUCGACAAUAUAGGCGGGAGCCAAGGUGUGCGAGACCAACCGGCCGUGACCUCCGGUGACCCCGGCCCUGUACUCAAAAUGCACUAA